AUGUCAAUUUUAAAUUUUUCGAGGCAAAAUUUAAAAGAAUUAGAGCUAGAAGAUGAAGACGCAGCUUAUUUAAACGCAUCAAAUAACUUAAUAGCGUCAACCUGGGGGAUCCAUUUGAUGGUGAAUUUAAGAGAAGUUGAUUUUUCUUAUAACUUGAUAAGACAGAUUGAGGGUUGGGGAUAUUUGAGCCAAUUGGAAAUUAUCGAUAUGUCACAUAACUGCUUAGCGAGUACUUUUGGACUUCGAAGCUGUAUUAAAGUGCAUACACUGCUAUUGAGAGGAAAUUUUUUAAGGGGAAUCGAAGGAUUAGAAGGGAUGAAAGAGCUGAAAUAUUUAGAUGUGUCGCACAAUCAAUUGAAUGAUGUUUUUGCGUCUAUUAGACCUUUAAGUUUAAAUGCGAAACUACAGUCAUUAUUUUUAGAAGGAAAUCCGUUGCCUGCAUAUAGACAGUAUUGCUAUUCAAUGCUUCAAAGUUUAGCUUUAUUGGAUGGCGUUCCUACACCUCCUAGCAAUGCUAAUAAUAAACCAGGCUCUCUACGUAGCUGCUAUUCAAUUAAAAAAAGGCCUGUUCAAGAAAAAGGUAGUAAAGUAUUGACUCAAAGAUGUAGAUCAGCAUUUUCUACUUCAAGAAAUCAAGAAUUUUAUGAGCCUAGGCAUGCUACAUCUAGAAAAAUUAUUUAG